AUGCCACCAGGAGAAAAGGGGCUCAUGGGGCCGCCUGGACCACCAGGAGAAAAGGGGCCCAUGGGGCCGUCUGGACCACCUGGCCCUGUGUCUGGCGGGCCCCCUGGACCACCUGGCCCUUCAGGGUUGAUGGGGCCUAUUGGUCCUCCUGGCCAUAAUGGAACUUGGAUGUGUCCAAACGUCAAGUCUUCUGCAGGUUACACUAAGUUCCGUGAAACCUGCUACAAGGCGUUUAACACCCUGGCAAACUUCGGGGACUCGGCUCUGUACUGUCACGUCGAUGGCGGCACCCUUGCCAUGCCCCGAGACGCUGCCACAGACGCCUUCCUCAUCUCUCUCAAGAACGCCGUCAACGACAAAUCCACCUUCUGGUUUGGUCUCCAUGAUCGGCGCAUAGAAGGAAGCUUCGAGUGGAUCGAUGGUACUCCACUUGGGAGCUUCAGCUCUUGGCAUCCGGGAGAACCAAAUGGUGCUUACGAAGACUGCGAGGAGGACUGCGCUGACUACUGGAAAUGGGACAAGUGGAAUGAUAACGACUGCAACGUUCCACAACGCUUCCUAUGCCAAGUGGCACCAGGCACCGCCCCCAUGCAGCAGUCUCAGACCGAGUCAGAGACCGAUGAUGCGGCAACCGCCAACCCUGCGUACGGCUGCCGAGCAGGUAAAACAUUGACCAGUCACAGUUGA